ACCAGUGUCCUGUACCACCAGGCAGCUGUUCCACCCCCAAUGCUGCUCUAUGUGGACUGUGGCUGCUGCAUAAAUGAGGGAGUGACCAGUAAGUUGCAGAAUAGGUUUGGAGAAUGGCCAGAUCUUUACAUGAGGCUGGACAUCUGGCAUUUUAUGAGGCGGCUGGCUGUGGGCUGCACCACUGAUGCCCAUCCCCUAUACCCCACCGUUAUGGGAUGCCUGUCCGCCUCUAUCUUUGAGUGGGAUGCUGGAGAUCCCAGCCUAUUGUGGCAGGCUAAAAAAAACAGCAGAUGCAGGAGGGUGUGCCAUCUAUAAGUGAUGACAUGGUGGACAGAAGCAUCACCAAAAAGGAUCUCAGCUGUUACUGCCGCAGGAGGACGCAUGGCGAGGAGGACUCCAUAUGCCUGAUUGAGAGGCUGCUGCAGGAACUCGGGGGAGCAAAUGGGAGGGAACUUAUGGGUGUGCCCUUAAUGGAUGAGGUGCGCAUGAAGCACAUCUGGCGUGUUAAAAAACGUCAUGUCAGAUGCAUCCAGGAUGUGCCUGGAGUGCCACUCUAUACAGAGGUAGGCACCACCACAAAGUCUGGGGUCAUCCUGACAAAAUAUCAGUGCGCUAGAGGGUCCACAUCCCUGGAGUCUUUUCACUGCCACCUGAACAGGUUCAUUCCAGGAACCAGUGCCAAUGCACUGAAUUUUCAACUAUACCUCCUGGAAGACAUGAAAAGGUGGAAUCAGGAUCGAGGGACUGCGGCUGUGACCAGCAAGCCAACAUCCCUUCUCACGUACUCCGGGGAUAUGGCCCACUCUGUCAACACUAACAGCCUGUGGUGUUUGGUCGGGGUUUUAUACCAACAUUCAGGCCUCCUGCCCAAUACACCGGAGAGCUGCUUGCUGUUGACAACCUCCUGAGUCAGACCGGACUGCCCAUGGCAUUGAACCCAGACUCAGAGGAGACAGAGGAAAUGUUGGAGGAUGUGGAUGAAGGUGGGGAAGAAGAUGAGGGCUUCAGGGAGGAAGAAGUAUAUGAUAUUACUGUGGCAACUCUCUACGAUGACCCAAACUUCUCCAUCUCCUCCCACUUCCUGCCCUCCUCUCAGCCCAUUGCCACAACCCAAGCUGCUGUCUCUUCCAUUCACCCUGCUGCCUUCACCGCCCUGGCAACUACCUCCUCUAUCCAUCCUCCAGCCUUCACCGACCUGGCUGCGACAUCCUCCAUCCACUCUGACUGCCACCUCCUCUGCUGUUUCCACCGGCCUGGCUGCUGCCUUCACUGCCUAUCCUGUUACUGUCUCCACCGCCCUGACUGCUGCCUCCACUGCCUAUCCUGCUUCCGCCUCCACCCUGUCUGCUGCCUCCACUGCCUAUCCUGCUUCUGCCUCCACCAAGUCUGCUGUCUCCACUGCCCUGGAUGCUGCUGCACGCUCCACCCAACCCCCCGCCUCCUCCAUCCAGCAUCCUUCCUCCUUCCAACCUGCUAAAAUCACCAUCUUCUCUAAUGCCUCCUCCCAGCCUGUUGCCCACUCCACCCAACCUACUGAACCCUCCACCCAGCCUGUUGCCUCUGCCACCCUGGUUGCUGCCUCCAUGUUGCAGCAAAGCACUUCAACAUCUGAGU